CUCGGUGUCCUCGCAGCUCUCGGGGGUCUCGGGGGGCGGUGGGGCCUCUCCCGAUCCCAGCUACCAGGACUCCCUCAGCCCCCCGAGUCUCCGCUCACCUGAACCCUUCGUUCGUCACCCCGCCAUGACACCUUACGAGAUCCCCAGGGAAAAGGUCGUCGGGAAGAUGUUCCCGGAGGAGAAGAAGGCGUUUCCGUCGGGGGUACCGAAGGGGGCGUUCCCCAGCGAGUUCCCGUACCCGGGUCUGUCGGUGCCCAACUACCCGUUCCCGCAGAUGACGGCGUUCCCGCGGCAAGCGGUGCCGAUGCCCCUUCUGGCGGCCGCCACGGUGUUGCCCUCCUCGCUGGCCGCCCUCACCCUCCCGGCCCAAAACGUCUGCGCCAAGUGUAAGGUCAGCUUCCGCAUGACCUCUGACCUCGUCUACCACAUGCGCUCACACCACAAGCGCGAGACCACGGCCAAUGACACGCUACGCAAACGCCGAGAGGAGAAGCUCAAG